AAAGGGUCAGGUCUCACAAAACCGGUGCCUGACCCGGACUAGAGAAUCUCCGCCCGCCCGCCCGCUGGCCCACGGACAUGUGGGGCCCGCCACGCCGUCCGCGGAGCCGCCAGCCGAUCCCUCCUGUUAUUUAUCCCCGGCCCCCGGUCCCCGCACGCGCCUGCACACACACACACACACACACUCCGCAGCGCAAUCCGCACGCCCGCGCGGCAGCCGCAGACGCCUUCGCCUCGACCAGAGAGAGAGAGAGAGAGAGAGAGAGGGGUCGGGAUGGCCGCCGCGGUGGUCGACGACGCUGGGAUGGACGCCGUCCAGAAGCGGCUCAUGUUCGAGGACGAAUGCAUUUUGGUGGACGAGAAGGACAAUGUUGUUGGCCAUGAGUCAAAGUACAACUGCCAUCUGAUGGAAAAGAUUGAGUCUGAGAAUCUGCUCCAUAGGGCAUUCAGUGUGUUCCUUUUCAACUCAAAAUAUGAGCUGCUACUUCAGCAAAGGUCCGCGACAAAGGUUACCUUUCCUUUAGUUUGGACCAAUACCUGCUGCAGCCAUCCUCUGUACCGUGAGUCUGAGCUUAUCCAGGAGGACUACCUUGGUGUGAGAAAUGCAGCACAGAGGAAGCUACUGGAUGAGCUGGGCAUCCCAGCAGAAGAUGCCCCAGUUGACCAAUUCACCCCUCUUGGCCGGAUGCUUUACAAGGCGCCAUCUGAUGGAAAAUGGGGGGAGCAUGAGCUUGACUACCUGCUGUUCAUCGUCCGGGAUGUGAAGGUGCAGCCGAACCCUGAUGAAGUUGCUGACAUAAAGUACGUGAACCGCGAGGAGCUCAAGGAGCUGAUCCGAAAGGCUGACGCCGGCGAGGACGGCGUGAAGAUCUCCCCCUGGUUCAGGCUGGUGGUGGACAACUUCCUCAUGGGCUGGUGGGACCAUGUCGAGAAAGGCACCCUCGGCGAGGCUGUGGACAUGGAGACCAUCCAUAAGCUGAAGGAGUGAGAUUGCGCCGGCCGUCUCUGAUGAGCUCACCGCCUGUUGGUGCUGCUGCACUGCAUGUUUAUCAGUUAUCGCUCUUACCCGCGGAAAGUGAGCUUGACUCUGUGUUGUGUUGCCGGGGUGGCCGACGUAUCGUUGUGGACUGAUGAUGAGUUUUGCGGAGGGGUUUGGUCUUGUUUGUUUUGUUCGGUGACAGAGUUGCGCGCAGGACGCUUGUUUAACCCGUGCUUAUACAUCGUCUAAGUAAACAGCAAUAAGUGGGACAUCCGUAAGCUGUUUGUGUUUUCAAUAGGCUAGGAUUAUUCUCUUGUAAGAGGUUGUCUGUAACUGCUUUGCGAUUAGUAUGCUACUGCAGGUCUGCUGCAGUUCCAUU